AAGUACAUCGAUAGGAGAUGAUGAUAGCUAAUUACAAACUCAUUGCAGAAUUUCAACACGAGCGCCUCGAGCGAUACACAUACAAAACUCUUUAGAAAGCCUUGAUCGCAACAAAAUCACGAGAGAAGCAAUUAGGGCUUAGGUCAGGGGAACAAAGAGAGAGAGACUGGUUUUAUAGCAAGUAUAGUAAAUUCGUACCGGAGUUUCUACUCGAAAGGUUUAGCCUUCUAUUGGAAAUUCAUUUGUGGUACAACUGUUUUUAUAUCGCUAAAAAUCACUACCGGUUUAACCUUCAAUAUAAGUUUUUUCGUUUGGACAGCUAUUUGAGUACUUCCGAGAACCGCAAAGUUGGGUUUCGUGGAGGUCAUGGGUAGGAGAACAAAUGCUAGAAUGUUGUAGCAAUGGUAACAAGAAAAAAAAAAUAAAGAUUGUAAAAUCGUAUAAGAGGUGUACCAUAUGAGUUUAUGGGACCGUAUUUUGUGAUUAAUUCGUGGUUUAAUCAUUUCAUAAAGAUAAAAUCCUAUACUGAUUUGAGCUAUGAAAAGCAUAGGAGAUGAUCUUACGCUGGGAGUAUGGAUGGCAAAAAUAUCCAAAACCGUGGAUAUCCGCCCCAAUCUUAUUUAAUCGGGUAGGGUAAAACCAUAACUCGAGCGAUUUUCAAUGGGUAUGUGUAAAACCCGAACCCGAAUGUCGCGAAUAAUGGGUGGGGAUGGUUUUCUCACAAUCCAAUAUGAACCCGACCGAUUAUAGACAUGUUCAUUAUUUGUCUCAACAUAUUUUAUAUUUAGCAUACAAAUAUUUUCAUGAAAUUGUGUCGUUUGAAAUUAAUUUUCUUCAUUCUAGUGAUUAUUGUCGUACUUUUUCACUUAUAGAAUGUGAGUAUACGUGUGAAUGUUAACAUGUUGGUUGAAGUUAUAAAAAGAAAUUAUUAUCCAUGGAUAACCGUGGAUACCCAAAACCUAAACGGGUAUAAACAUGAUUUUGAUUUUCUACCCAAUUCUUACAUGAACAUGGAUAUGGGUAAAACACCAACUAAUUUGGGUAGGGUAACGAAUAUACACUAUCCGCCCGACCCGUUAUCAUUCCUAGCUGGGAGCAGGGAUCCUAGUGAAUCCGCUACCACACUUACUCACUUAGGCAGAGCUGUCAAAUCACCACAUCAUAAUUAACUUCGGAGAUAACACGAGGAAGAUUUCGACAAACAAUGACUGAGAUGAUAUCUCUAACGACAGCUGAUGUGUUUGAAAUGGAUUUGCUCGCUCUUCUGUCACUAUCAGUUGGGGGGUUGGAACCGCUGGGAAGAACACCUAUUUCCUCUUACUUGCAUAAAGCCGUUAACGGGAGCGUGAAGCCUCUCCUUUCACCAGAUUGAAGAUGUUGAGGGUGCAAUAUCCGCAAGAGCCUCCAGACACGCCUUAUCAGGUGAUUCGUUAUUUCAUGGAAGGUUCUCCUAAUACGGAAGAGAAGUUUGUUAAGUUUGAGAGGAAGGUAAAAUAAUGGUACACAUACAGUAUCCAUUUCAAACACCGAAUGAGAGAAGUUUGUUAAAUUUACUAUUUAUAUUCAGUUUGUAAUUAGGAAUGUGUACUGAUGAUGUUCAGUUUUCCUUGUAGAAGUAGGAAUACUCUCCCGUCUCUCUGUAUAUAGGAAGGUCGCCUACUGCUAAGCUUGUUGAACAGAGCUUUUAACGAGUCUUCUUUCAGAAAAGAAGAAAUAAAUCUUACAGAUCGAGUUCAGUAGGGAGGUGAGUGAAAGAGAACGACAUGGCAGAGGUAUCGACACCGUUCAGAAAGAAACUCAAGACGAGCCACCACCAACGCCAAGAAAUCGACGUGGUGAGCAAUCUUCCUGACCACAUUCUGCAUUACAUUCUCUCCUUCCUGGACAUGAAGCUCACAGUUCAAACCAGCAUCGUGUCGAAGAGGUGGAGAUUCUUGUGGACAGGUAUCAGCGUCCUCAAUUUCAACCGGUACCCCUUUCGUACCAUGGAGGGGUUCAUGGAGCACGUAGGCAAGCUCUUGUCUCUUCGCUCAAAACAUGGUUCUGCAGCAGCAGUUUCCAGCAUUAGCUUCGACUUCGGAAAAAGGCCAGGGGUUCGAUCUGCUUCCUUGAUGCUUGAUGCUCGUAGGAACAACCACGAUGGUGCCAGUGGAAGUCCAGGAGUUAGCGAGAACCAUUUAUACAUGGCAGGUCACUUCAAAACCAUCGAAAUGGCUGCCUCAAUCAUGACCAGCGGUGGCUAUGGAUCUCUCGAGACCCUCAAGUUGAAGGCAGCUCUACUCGAGAGCGCUGCAUUUCCCUUGGGGUUCAAGUUCGUGACGAAUCUCGAGCUGCACCAUUGUCGGUUCUACUUCUCUAGUGAUCCUUUUGCUGAUCUCCCCUGGUUGAAGUAUCUCAAGCUGCAUGAUUGCUUGCCGGUGCAAGGCCGCUUGCUGAAAGUAUCGGUACCGCAACUGUUGAGACUUGACAUACGAUUCUACGACUCCGACAUCAAGGGGAUCGAAGUUUCUGCUCUCGAGCUCAAAUCUUUUCGCUUCUGCGGUCCUGUAAUGCAGCUCGUCGAACUGAACCUUCCUUCUCUCGACAGUGCGGAUAUUCGUCUCGCGUGGGAUGUGCUGCUCGACAAGCGUCGUGAAUGUAUGAGCUUGUUGCGUGGUUUGCAUAAUGUCAAAUCUCUCAAUCUACGUUUUGACAAGUCGUUACAUGGAAUGAAUUGGAAACCACGCGAGUUCCCUCUUACCGCCAUGAAGCGUUUAAUGGAGUCGGAAAACUCACAUUUUACCAGUCUGGAGCGACUGAGGGUGCAGUAUCCACAGAAACCGCCAAGAGUACCUCGUCAUGUACUUCGUUAUUUUCUUGGAAGCUCUCCAGAAGGGAAAUCCACGAAGUUUAAGUGGCAUAAUGACAUCAAAGCUGGUAAGCUGUUGAAGAGUCAACUCUUUCGUGAGCAGGAGGUACCUCUAUCAAAUACUCUCCGAGAAUCAAAUUUAGUGGUCGAUCCAUUCACCGAAUGUGAACAUAUAAUUGAGUCGAAGAUGAGCAUCUCGAAGCCUUUUCCACGAUUAAUGUAAAAGUGCAUGUGAAGAUCGAGUACGAAACAAUUUAUCUCAUAAGUCGUUUGAAAGUUACGAUUUUGUUAUAGCUAUUUUGAAAUUAUUUGAAAGUUACAAUUGAGAAAUAGAUGUAUUGUAGUGAAUAUACGUGUGUAUGAAUUUGAUAUAAGAUUAUGAAUAUACUAGUGUUUCCUCUUCCAUGUAAUUUUUGAACCCAAAUCAGGUUUUUGUUAUGUUUUUAUAUUCCAACCCGUUGGAUGGACUUCUCCCCUGUUGGGCCUGCCUCAUUCCACUUACUGGACCGGGCUUUGGCUAGCGGAUGUGCGGCCCGGUCCGUCCAAACUCCAAACAUAGAACAAAACUGGAUUAACUAA